UUAAUUGAAAAAAAAAAAAAAAAAAAAAAAAAAAAAAAAAAAAUUUGUCGGUGUUUUGCUGUCGCGGUAGUUGCCACCCAUACACACAACAACCAACCGGCACCCCCACUAUAUCUGAAUCCACAACAGCUAAACGGAAGUACUAGUCAGUCGGCGAGCGACCUUCCGACAUCACGGGUUAGCCUAACCCUGUACCGGCUGAUAAAAUUAACACCUAUAUCACUUCUAAUAACAACCAAAAAGUCGAUUAAGUUUUGGAAUUCCUCGAUAUCAAUAUCUGCGAGUAAAAAAGCCGGUAGGACCCGAAUAAGUGAAGGAAGAAGCAACAAGCUGACUAAUCCGCGCAAUAAGUGGAACAACCUUCGUUUGAUCAGACACUGGCGCGCCGGCACGGAAAAAACAAAGGAAGAAGUGUGUCGGAAAGAAGUGGCCUCGGCACCGAGCAAUUUGGCUCGGAGCGCAUCGGGCCCCGGGGCUGCGGUGGUGGGUUGCCUGGUUGGGGUCUACCCGUGCUCAUCCUCCACAAGACCCAGGGGCCCUGGAGCCAUCUCCCACCUCCUCCAGAGCGGGCAGUCCACUCAGGCCCCCGGUUGCCGCUCCUGCUGCUGCAUUCAUAACAGCAACAACAACAACAACAACGCUCAAAACUCCCAACCGGUCUUGCACAACGCGCACCGGCCCGGGUUGUCGCUGAGGGUCGCGAGGGUGGCGUCUAUUACCUCCGUUAGGGCCGCCCCCUACACCCAUCCUCAUCAUCAACCUUUGACUCAGGAGUGCAGGUGUAGGGAAGAGACGGGCGGAGUGACUGGGGGUAGUGCGCCCAUUCUCGGCAGCCCGAUGCUAUUCGUCCCGCUGGCGGUGCCGACGUUCCCCGCGACACUGCAGCCAGCAACAUCCCGUCCAGCUCAUCAACCGCAUCAUCAGCCUCUGGAGCAGCGCGGUCUGUCUGUUCCGAAUUCUGUACAGCAACAACCCGCUCGUUUCAAUUCCCAGAGUCACCCCAAUUUCGGGCGCCAGAGAACCAACACCACGACCACGUCCACCGCUGAUAAUCAGGUUAACAUCGACAACUCCUCACCCCAGAGCACCCUUGAGCAUCAGAAAGAACAACAACACCACCAAAGAGCUCACCCAGAAGACCCACAAUUAUUGCAAGUCAUUACACCCAAUAAGACAGAACCGUUUAUCGUAGACGUGGACCAGGUUCGUGGGGGUAGAUUUCCCUAUCCACCCUCUUCCCUCUUUCCCGCAUCGCUCUUAUCCAGCUCCAGUCACAGUACACCGGGGGAAGAACGGGGUGGAGUGGCUCGUUAUGCACGAAAUGCAUUACUUUUA